AUGGUUUAUGCUCCAUACCAUCAGAUUAAAGUGAUAAACUCGCACAGAGAUAUUUUAUGGCGUCCAACUCCAUUUUCCUGCCUGUUCGAGUCCGCUGCUGAACGUAUGCAUCUCCCACGGACCGCAUCGAAGCGCGAUCCUAAGCCACCAGCAUACAUCGGCAUCGCCUUCCCGUACGCUGGCACAGAUGUGCAUAUUUAUGACGCCACAGAACACUCCACAGUAUUUAUUGGGCCAAAUGAA